UCUGCAGCUUCUCCUCCCUCGCAUUCCUGCCUUCUCACCAUCGCACCAGAGCCGUCGCCGCUCUCGCCGUCGCUGAUCUGCUUUUCCGCCGCCUUUGAUCUCCGCCACGAUCGAGCAAGCCAGCCAUCUCUCUAACCUUCCUUCAUUGCCAGGGCUGAGCAGUAGGGAGAUCUGCGAGGUAAAUUCCCCUCUCUCUCGCGUCAGGGCAAACUUCUGAACCACCGAUUAGGGCAUUCCUCUAUAGUUGUUUAAUUUUUCUCAUUCAUCAUAGUCUUUGAAUUCCUUCGUUUCACAUUGCUUCUGCUGAUUGAUUUCUGUAGCCAUCUCUUAUACCUUUAGUUUAUCUAGUUCAGAUUUCAAUUUUAUUUUUUGCUAUAUUGUGUAAUGGAGGGAUGGAAAAAUCAGACCCAGAUGAUUGUAUUUCUGUUCAUUGCCUGUGGUUGAGUAUGUGAAACUGAAUUCUGGAAUUUACUUAUCGGUUUGUUUGUUUUAAGUCUUCCGUCGCACAGAAAGCAACAGACAGUAAAAGGAUUCGUUUGUAAAACUGAGAGAGUGUAGUCUGCUCCUCUCUCUUCUUUUGUUCUUCUUCUGAUUUGGGCGUUUGAUUUGCUCUUCUUCAUUGUGGAUUUGGGGAUUUUCAUUUUGGAGUUCCGAUUUGGGGGUUUUGGAAGUAAUCGAUGUGCAUGCACUUACCCUUGCUGAUUUUGGAGUUCCAAUUUGGGGCUUUGCAGUAGUAAAUAUCAUGUUCAUAUAAAUAGCACGAGUUAAACAGAUAGCAAAGGAAAGUCGUGAGUAGCUGACAAAAGCUUUACAAAUUUGAUAUGUAAAAGGAAAAUUGUGUCUUGCUGGUGUGUGUGCCUUCUUGCUGGGCAAAAGCUUUACAAAUUUGAUAUCUUUUUUGUUCUUUCUCUAUCCUUCACAUAAUUGAUUUGUUGUUUGGAAUGCCAAUGGUGAAAUUCUUCUCCAAUAAAGCUGAUUUGUCGUCAAGUUUCAAGAAAACACAAGUUUCUUGUGAAGUCUUUUUUGCAAAAUGCAGAAAAGGAAGAAAGAUAAAAGAGAGGGAAAAAGUCUUCAGCCUAGAGCAAUUGCCUCAUCACAUGCCUGCUCUCAAGUCAUUGAUGGUGUGGGCAUGUGAUAGCCUAAAGGCUCUUGUUAACAUGCCUGCCUUGGAGUCGUUGGAGGUGAGUUAUUGUAAUGGCCUAGAGCAUUCACAUGACAUGCCUGCUCUCAAGUCAUUGAUGGUGCGGAGAUGUGAUAGGCUGAAGACUCUAGCUGACAUGCCUGCCUUGGAGUCUUUGUGGGUAGAAUUUUGUGACAGCCUAGAGCAAUUACCUCAUUACAUGCCUGCCUUGGAGUCAUUGAAGGUAGAAUUUUGUGAUAGCCAAGAGCAAUUACCUCAUGACAUGCCUGCUCUCAAGUCGUUAAUUGUAUGCCGACCUAUUAGCCUGAAGGCUCUUGUUAACAUUCCUUUACUUGAGGAGUUGUUGGUGGAAUAUUUGCCCAACUGGGAGGGGUGGCGAGCAGGUGGAUCAGGCGAAACAACAUUGACUUCUAUGCCAAGGUUAAGAGAGGCGAAUUUUAUGAAUUGUCGAAAGAUGCAGACAGAAGGCUUGCUUGAAUGUCAAGCGACUCGGGUCCAAAAGCUGUCGGUGUGGAAGUGCCCAAGUGCAAGAUUGGCAUGAAAAUUGCUUGAGCAACUGCCUAACCUCAUUGAGUUGGGGUUCGAUUCAGAAUCAGCAGUACUACUGUGAUCACCAUUGCCAUCACAGGUAUCGACAUUUCUACCCUCCCUCAAGACUCUGGAAUUGGGAGACAACACAAAUGUUGAUGAGCUCAAAUGGGGAAAGGUGCCUGAGUGGGUAUGGGGUCUCUCCCAACUGGAGGAAUUGAGCCUAUAUUCUUCCUAUGAAGACAUCAGCUUGGGAGGCCACUGGCAAUGCCUCCCCAAACUGAGAGAGCUGAGGCUUUCUGAGUUACCCAAUCUCAAGCCUUUGGUGGACGUCAAUCAUAUUACUCCCCAACAAAAUGAAAAUUAUUCAGUAGCAACAACAUGUCCCAUGGAUGCAAACGAACAGAUCACCUGCCUCUCCAAGCUUCAAUCGUUGAGAAUUGACUCAUUUCCAGCACUCCAUCUGCCGCAGGAGCUCAGAGACCAUCUUGGAGAAAGGUUUACAAUUACUGAAAUGUUUUAGUGUGUAAA